AUGGCGCUCUCCCGCCGCCUUCUCCUAUUCCUCUCCCUCGUCGCCAUCACGGCGGGCACCGGCACCUCCGCGAUGAUCGUGACAAGGUGCUAUCCGCCGCCGACGCCCACUGUCAACGGCAGCACCAGCGCGUUCUUCCGCCGCGAUCUCCUCUCGCUACUCGACGCCCUCCCCUCGGUCGCCGCGUGGACGGGCUUCGCCUCCAUGCGGACCGGCGGCUCGUUCGCCCGCGGCCUCUGCUUCGGCGACCCCGCGCCGGACUCGUGCUUCCGCUGCCUGUCCGACGUCGGCAGGAAGAUCACCGACCUGUACGACGACGCUAGCCGGCGCGCGGGCUUCCUGAAUGACGGCUGCUUCCUGGGCUACGCCGACACCAACGCGUCCUCCGCAGGCGCUGACGACAACGCCAUCAGUGGCGUGACAUUCUCCGGCCACACCAUCCCGCGCGUCGACGCCGGCGACGCGCUGAAGCUCGUGGCCGUGGCGCGGUCCUUGGUCCCGCGGUCCGUGAACGGCCAGGUGGCAGCCGCCGACGCGACGUCUACGGCGAGCAACGGCGACACGGUGCGCGUGCUGGCACAGUGCGCCACGGACCGCGCCCCAGCGGAGUGCGCCCGGUGCCUGCAGGACUCAUCGCUGCAGAUGGCCAGGAGCUGGGGGCUCACGCGCAGCGCCAGCACCGUGCAGGCGGUUCUCGGCUCGAACUGCUACCUCCGCUUCGAGAUAUCAUCACCGCCCCUGGGAGAGAAGAUUCGGAGGAUCGUAAAGGGUCACAUCGUCCUGACUGUGUGCAUUGGCUUCAUCGUCGCUGUAGCCGUAGCCGUGCUGGUGGUGGUGAGAAGAAAGGCCGGGAAUACAACAGCAACAGCAUCAGCGGCGGAAGGGAAGCAAUGA